GGCGUGCGGGUGCGCACCGCACAAAGGGGCCGGGAGGAACGGUGUUGCCCGCUCGGGGCCGGGUAUAGGUGAAGGCGGGAGCCGGGGGCGGCGAGAGGCCACCUCCGCUCUCGGGGACAAAGCCCAGUGUGGAGGUCCAGGGGCCGCGUCGCUGCCACGUCUCGGCUGACCGCGGGCUGAUUCAUCGGGUUCCCCCGGGCACUUUCCCUUCCUCUCGGCCAGGCCCCCGAGGGUCUCACCAAGUCUUUUCGGGCCAGCACCUGGUGUGGGGGGCGGAACACGCCAUUUCAGGGCCAGGGUCCCCAACGGGUUUUUUUGCGUUGAGGCAGAUGUGGAAGCAAACGGAGUGUUUUUCUUUCCCAUGUGGUCUCGAUGUGGGGUUGGUGACUUUCUCCCCAGAUGCUGAGGUGCCUGAAUCCCUGGCGCAGGCCAUUACUGAGCCGUGGUUGGAGCAGAGUGUGCCUUCUGAAGCAAUAUCUAUUUACAAUGAAGUUGCAGUCUCCAGAAUUCCAGUCACUUUUCACAGAAGGAUUGAAGAGUCUGACAGAAUUAUUUGUCAAAGAAAAUCAUGAAUUAAGAAUAGCAGGAGGAGCAGUGAGGGAUUUAUUAAAUGGAGUAAAGCCUCAGGAUGUGGAUUUUGCUACCACUGCUACCCCAGCUCAAAUGAAGGAGAUGUUUCAGUCUGCCGGUAUUCGUAUGAUAAACAACAAAGGAGAAAAGCAUGGAACAAUCACUGCCAGGCUUCAUGAAGAAAAUUUUGAAAUUACUACACUACGGAUUGAUGUUGUCACUGAUGGAAGACAUGCUGAGGUAGAAUUCACAACUGACUGGCAGAAAGAUGCUGAACGCAGAGAUCUCACUAUAAAUUCUAUGUUUUUAGGUUUUGAUGGUACUUUAUUUGACUACUUUAAUGGUUAUGAAGAUUUACAGAAUAAGAAAGUUAGAUUUGUUGGACAUGCGAAACAGAGGAUACAAGAAGAUUAUCUUCGAAUUUUAAGAUAUUUCAGAUUUUAUGGGAGAAUUGUAGACAAACUUGGUGACCACGAUCCUGAGACUUUGGAAGCAAUUGCAGAAAAUGCGAAAGGCUUGGCUGCAAUAUCAGGAGAGAGGAUUUGGGUAGAACUGAAAAAAAUUCUUGUUGGUAACCAUGUAAAUCAUUUGAUUCACCUCAUCUAUGAUCUUGAUGUGGCUCCUUACAUAGGCUUACCUGCUAAUGCAAGUUUAGAAGAAUUUGACAAAGUCAGUAAAAAUGUUGAAGGUUUGUCACCAAAGCCAAUGACUCUCUUGGCCUCAUUAUUCAAAGUACAGGAUGAUGUCACAAAAUUGGAUUUGAGGUUGAAGAUUUCAAAAGAAGAGAAAAACCUUGGUUUAUUUAUAGUUAAAAACAGGAAAGAUUUAAUUAAAGCAACAGAUAGUUCAGAACCAUUGAAACCCUAUCAAGACUUCAUUAUAGAUUCUAGGGAAUCUGAUGCAACUACUCGUGUAUGUGAACUACUGAAGUACCAAGGAGAGCAGUGUCUUCUAAAGGAAAUGCAGCAGUGGUCCAUUCCUCCAUUUCCCGUAAGUGGCCAUGACAUCAGAAAAGUGGGCAUUUCUUCAGGAAAAGAAAUUGGGGCUCUAUUGCAACAGUUGCGAGAACGGUGGAAAAAAAGUGGUUACCAAAUGGAGAAAGAUGAACUUCUAAGUUACAUAAAGAAGACCUAAAGUUGAUGAGAGCUGCCUACUAAAAAGCAGAAAAUUUGUGGUUAGUUUUUUUUUUUGCCCUCCCUCUUGAGAUUUAAGAGAUUUGAAUAUAUAGCAGAAUAAAAGCCAGCGUAGAGGACCUCGUCAGAAGAAUGAAGAUCUUAUUUUGUGAAAUAUAAUUAUAUUUCAGGCACUACACUGAAGUCUACCUCCUCUUAAUCUGAUUUAUAUCAUCACUGAACCUUAUAAUUCUUUUGGAAUAGUUCCUACUGAGAAAAGUAUAUUUGGCCUCUCCUUUCUAUCUUUAUCUGUCUAGGCUUUAAAAGAAAAAGUUUUGUUUUGUUUUGUAUAGGACAGUACUAUCUUAAAAAGUGGUAACUGUCUUGAGGACAUGUUUCUUAGUGUUUGCAAUUGAAAUAACUUAUUUUAUACAAUGAUUGUCUAUGAUGUGUCAGUUCUUAUCUGAAUUUCAGAAUAAACUUGUGCUUGAAAAGAAAAUAAUUGACAAGUUUGCAUAAAAUAUCCUAUAUAAAAUGUGAAGAUCA